AUGCAUUGCACAGGAACUAUUCUAUUACUGGCCGCAGCCUCAGCAAACGGCUUCUCAAUUGGCGUCCGCGACAAUGAUUGCAAGGACGUGCACAUCUUUCUCGCUAAGGGCAACAAUGAACCUGAGCCGGGGCGACAGGGAAAGCUGGUGGAAGCCAUCUGCUCUGGACUGAAGAGCUGUGACUAUGAGGACAUUCAUUUUAACAACCCGCUCCCAGCACCAUUUUGCGAAUCAGUCACCGAGGGUGUUGUCAAUGGAAAUAAGCAGAUCACAGCCUACAACAAGCGAUGUCCUGACUCCAAGCUCGUGGUGAGCGGUUAUUCGCAAGGUGCCCACGUUGUGGGCGACAUCCUUGGCGGCGGCGGAGGUGUCUUUUUCCAAGAUUGUGUGGAAGAAGACAUUGCGGGCUUGAGUCCAAAGACUCGGCCCGGUAACAAAAUCGUCGCAGCAAUGGUUUUCGGGGAUACGCGACACACCGCCGAUCAGCCAUCGAAUGUCUUGUCUGGAGCGGGAAAGAAUGGUCUUUUCCCAAGACCAGCUAAUCAGCUUGCAAACCUGGCCAGCUAUGGCGAUGUGUUCCGCAACUACUGCGUUGAGACUGAUCCUAUCUGUGCGCAAGGCGAGGACGUCAAAACACACCUCAACUACUUCGAUAUCUACAGCAACCAGGUUGCCGCCUGGGUGAAGGAGCGCGUUGAGCAGGCUGGAGGUGCCGAUGAGGAUGAAUCAAAUUCCUCAACUAUUGCGGCAAGCAGCACCAAGACGACAGCUCAGAAGGUUAAGACGACCACCGAAGGAACGACAACGAGUCAGACAAAGGAGUCGAGCACAAAAUCUGCGGCUUCUGCUUCCACUACAGCAGAUUCUGUUUCUUCUGCGGAAACAGAUGCCAGUUCUACCUUUGCCACACAAGAGGCGAACGGCGCAUCUGCAACUUUGGCUAGCGGGGCUUCAUCAGCAGGUGCCGCAGCAGCAUCAUCAACUGCUGACAACGCAGCCAUUUCAACGGGUAUACCUGUCGUGGGAGUUGUGGUUGGUUUCGCAGCUCUUCUGAUUAUCUAA